UAUUUAGACUGGAGUAUCUGUGAGUAAACCAGUAUAUUUAAACAGUGCUGGGAGUGCAGAGGACUCCACAGACUCUACUAGUGAUUUACCCCAGGAUUCCUCGAGUACAACUCCCUCCCCCACAGUAAGAAGGUUCCGGAAGAAAACUCCCUCACCUCCUCCUAAUAAGCGGUUAACCAAGCGCUCUAGUAUGCAAAGAGCUUCAGAUAGACAUUUGGAAACAUUGGACGGUUUGACCAGCGCUGAUGAAUCACGACCUAUGUCCAUCGAUCUCAGUAUUGACGCAGGCGGCGUCACUGACGCCUCCAGUUGGGUUGGUGAGGGCGUCAUUAUGCGUCAGGGUGCGACUAGCCGGGCAACUAGACCGUUGACGCGCUACCUGCCGGUCACGACGCAAGAGAACUUUGAUCUUAGAUCUCAUAUUGAAUCUGCAGGACAUCAGAUUGAAUUGUGUAAGCAUAUAAUCCUGAACUCCUGCAGCUGUAGAGGAUAUCUUAGUAAAAUGGGAGCUAGGCUUAAGGUUUGGACUAAACGCUGGUUUGUGUUUGAUCGGAACAAGAGAACUCUAGUUUACUACAAUGAUAAAUCAGAGAAUAAAGUGAAGGGUGGAAUAUAUUUUCAUUCAAUUUCUGAAGUUUAUGUUGAUCACCAAAAUAACAGGGCUGCUAAUGCGCGAGUAACGUUUUGUAUGAAGACGACUGAUCGGAGUUAUUUAUUAAUGGCGUCUACACCGGAAGCGAUGAGAAUUUGGGUCGACGUCCUCUUUACCGGAGCUGAAGGAUACAGAGAGUUCCAAAAUUAAUCAUUUUUAUAAUAUUCUUCACAAACUUUUUGCCCCUAAGGGUCUAAAAGGAGAUUUUUUACCCCUUUCCCACAACAUUUUAGUCAUGGCUGUUUUUAUGUAAUUGAAUGAAUCUUAACAAGCCAAAACGUUCCCCAAGUAUACAGUGGUAAAUGUUUUUUCAAAAACUAAAAUAAUUUUUUUCAAUUUUUGGUACUUUUCCUUAAAAAUUCAUGUUUUCGAUUAACAAAAUUAAGGAGGAGGGGGGAAAUCUAAGAAACUAGAUACCCCAGCAAGUAUAUUCUUUCAUCUAGAAAUAUUUGAAUGCAUUUGUCUGGACUUGUUGUGUGUCCCCUUCUCUGCACAAAUGUAGAAACUUUAAUGUUUAACUUGUCAAAAACUUGCCAAAAACUAAUAUUUACAGGAAUACACUGGAGAUGUAUAUUCCAGGGAUGUAUAUAUUAACAUAAUACUUCAACCAAAUUGAGAAGGAGAAAUAUAAACUUAUUCACCCCCUAGGAAUUUUCCAGGAAAAUAAAAACUUUGUAUUAAAAUGAAUUUUUUUUUAAUGUCUGAUGAAAAAAAUGUUUAAACCUUAAGCAUGCAAUUCAAAGGUUGUGUUAUAUGUUAAGUAUAUUAUUUUUUAUGCUUCUAUUUUAUAUUAAUUUAUUUUUAUCUGGUCUA